AUGUACAGUGUGAGGAGGUACUUUAUCUUGUUCAUCUCCCUCUGCAGUGCCAUCAUCUUCAUCAUCAUCAUGGUCAUGACACAGUCACGUCAUUACUCAGCAACAGGUUUUUCAAGAGAUUUGACCCAUCUACACGAAUCGAUUAUUGGGAACGUAUUUCAUCAUGGCGCUGAUGAAGACGACAUCCGCCUGACGGAAGACGGCCUUGACCUGUUUCUAAAGGGCAAGGAUGACGUCACAAUCGGAGAAAGGAACAACCAAGAUUUCACAUUAGCCGUGGACAGUUCCCUGGCUGAAGCUCUGUCCAGGAAGGUCCGACUGGCCUGCUUCAUCACCACCAGGGAGAAGAACAUGGAGACGAAGCUGAAAGCCGUGAACGAGACGUGGGGCAGAAGAUGUGACAAGAUGCUGUAUGUCAUGACCACCAACAAAACAGGGCCCGACAUUUUAGGAGUGAACAUACGCGACGCCCAUGGAACCCUAACUGAGAAAAUCGUCCUUGCCUUCACACACAUGUACACAACAUCACUAGACCAGUAUGACUGGUUCCUAAAGGCUGAUGAUGAUACUUAUGUCAUUGUGGAAAAUCUUAAAUUUCUCUUGGCUCAUCUCAACUCCAGCAAACCCGUGUACGUUGGAGACCAUUUUACACCCUUCUCACCUAAUGGGUACAUGGGUGGUGGGGCAGGAUACGCUGUCAGUAGGGAGGCUCUACGUCGGUUGGUAGAGCAGGGCUACAGGGUAUCUGGUAGGUGUCGUCACGCGGGCGGAAGUGAGGACAUCGAGACAGGGCGAUGUAUGUACAAGGUGGCAGUAUCCACAUAUCUAUCACUAGACAAGUACAGCAGAUCAACCUUUCACGCUGCAGCUCCGGAGACCUUCCAAGUUGGUCAGGCCAACUUUGUUGCCGGUUUCUCCGCCCAUAAAUACCACUCGGGUCCAGAGUGCUGCUCACAGCUGACUAUAAGCUUCCACUAUGUGAAACCAGAGCUGAUGAGGACACUGGACUUGUUCCUCUACCAGAUCACUGUGUUCGGUCGGACGGUCAAAUACAAGGAACUCAGAGAUCUGUUCCGAGAAGAGACGUUUCAAAUCCCCCAGAAACGUCGACGUCGGCCUUACCCAGGGGAGACUAUAGAGGAAUACUACAAGAAUGCCACGGAAUGGAGACUGAAGAACACUACCAUCUAUAUUCCAGACACAAAGAAACCAAAGAAAUCAAAGAUAAAGUCAAGUGUGUAGAAUAGUCUCCCAGCCGAUGACAUUAACAAUAUAUUUCACUGCCAUGGUUUUACUGAAAAAGAGAGUUUUUUCAGCACUAUGAGAACCCGUCAGUUCUACAUUUCGGUAUUUCAGCACACAUUGAUGUCUUCUUUGAUUGGCAUUUUAGAAGUUGAAGAGAUGAAGAAUGAGGACAAUGUUUAUGGAUAUACAAUUUCUUUAUUCUGUAUAUGCGACGUUUCGACAUAGAUCCUAAUGUCGUUGCCAAACAAGUGGUACAUGAGAAGUAAUUUUGGGUGAUAUAUACAUUAUAAGUUGUUCACUGGUCACGAGGGG